UAACGUUCCCACUAGUUUCGGGUUGGCAUGACUCUCUGAUGGGGGGAAAUGUGCCUUAAAGUGAGGAUAUUUGAAGAAAAAUGAAGAGAAAAGUGGCCAAAUUAAGACUGAGCCCCAACGAAGAGGCUCAGCUGAUGCGACAGGAGUAUGAACGGAGGAGAAAACUGCGAAUACAGCAGGUGCGGGAGCAGCAGCGGUACAUCGCGCUGCAGAUCCGCCAAGAUGUUGAACAGAGACGACAGCGUGAAAUGGAGCAGCUGGAAGAGGAGCUGAGGAAGGACUGGGAGCGACAGCAGAGGGAGAAACUCCACACGCUGCAGAGGUUAUAUCAAGAGAGCCUCCAGCUUAUCGGCCAGGGUCACAGAAGUGCAAAAGAAAAUCAACCCGACUUGGAAGCCAUAGCCCGGAGGGAGGAGGAAAAUCACUCCAAAGCAGAAGAGCGCUACAGAGAAGCCCUGAAGGAGCUCAAAUCACAGAGGCUCAAAGACCAAGAGAGGGAAAGCAGAUCCAUCAACGCCAGGAAGAAGGCACUACAGGCAGAAAAGGAAAGAUCAGCAAAAGUGGCCAGCCUCCCACCACCUGCAAACCCCAUUCAGAACAUCGACUCCAAGAAGCCACACAUAGUAAAGAAGUCAGAUGUGAGCGCCUUUGCUGCCACGCAUUACCACAUGCCUGAAACCACAGUGGACAGAGAGGUGGACACAGAGCAGCGUAACGCCCAUGAGGGAGCUGAGUUGGAGGGGAGGAGACUGCAGGACUUGCAAAGAGAGGAAGAGACGAAGAGAGAGGAGCAGCUGGAGAAGGCGCAUCUCCGGGGGAAGCAGGCUCUGAGGAGGGAGCAGCUCACGCAGGAUCGUGAGCGCUUGCUUGUUGAACUGGAGCACAUGCAGCAGACGGACCUGCUGAGGAGGAGACAGCAGGUGUCACAGAUGCCUCCUCAGAUCUUCCAACCUCUCUACAAGAGACAGGAGAUGAGGGAGGACUUCCAGAGGGAGAUGGAGUUUGCCUUCGAGGACAUGUAUACCGGAGAGAGGAGGAUUAAAGGUGACCUCGUUGUCCAGCUGGUACCCGAGCCUCUGCCAGCUCCGUCAACAGGCAGCCAGGACCAAGAGCUCGACGUCACACUGGACGAAAUCGCCACACUAGACGAAGAAAACGCACAACGACGAGGCGCUGAGCAGGAAGCAGGAAGCACUGAGCAGGAAACUUCCUCUCAUGCGGAGCCCUCCAGACCUGCUCCCAGACGGACGUUGAGGAAACUCCUGGAUCGUAUCAGGAACCAGAGGAACCAGUGGACUAUCCACAGCGGCCAUGUUCCCACGGCCGCCUCACAGACUAUCGUCACAGAUCAGAUCCCGGAGCGCGACACGAUGACCAUCGAUACGGGCUCUCUGACCAGCGAGGAGAGAGACAGAACCGCCCCUGUCGAGCUCCCCCAGACCUCCCACUCACCACCAACGUUGGAGACAACAGAGCAGUCAGCUGCAGCAGAUACUCUACUUCCUGAUGUACUCGCCGACAAGAUCCAAGAAUUUGAAGAAGUGCGAAAGAAAAAGGAAGAGGAGCUGGAGAGGCAGAAGCAGCAGCAGAUGGUCUUCCUGCAGGAACUGGAGGGACAGAAAGCCAAACUGGAGCAGAUGCUGCUCGAGGCCCAGCGGGAGAGAGAAGACCUGAAGGCUGCUGUGGCCCAGGAAGUGCCUGUUAAACAACCAGAAGUACCUGUCCAUGACCAGGAAGUCACACACAGGCUGGAGCCGGCGCCUCCUGCUGGUGAAGACGACCACACCGGAAGACUCAGAGAAUACCAACAACGGCUGCUGGAACAAAACAGAAUUCAUCAGAGGUCUGUGGAGGUUGCUCGACAGCGCCUGGAGGAAUACCAGCGAGCUCUACGAAUUCGUUACAACAUGACGGCCACAUCGACGCUGCACACCGUCGUGCCUCCAGGCCACAUUUACCCGCCACUACGCAACACUCAGUAUGUUCAUUUUCCAACUCCGCUGCAACCCACGACAACUCCCAGAGCGCCGGCACACUUCCCUACUAACCUGCAAAACCUCGCGGAAGUUCCCACGAGAGAGUCGGACAUUUUGGCUGCACGUCCUCAUCUUCCUGAGUCUAGGUUGAGUGUUGAAUCUAGGUUGCUGUCAAAUGAAGGUGAGUUUAUUUCAAACAGGAGUCGGGUACAGGACGCCACUGUCCGGCUGACCAGCAGCAUAAUGGAGAGGGUAACAGAGCACCUUCCAGAGAGACUGAGACCCUCAUCUGUCACCACAGAGCCUUACAAACUGCUCACAUCCCAUCACUCGACCACCAGCACUCCACUCACGCCAGCCUCUGAUCCCAUCCGAGACAUCAGCCCGAACGACACAGAUGUUGCACCUCUGGGUCAAAUAAGGGUUAAACCUGGGACUUUACCGUGUGGCUCCCUGCUGACCAGCUCUCUGAGAGAGGACAGCAUGGAGCAUCGGAGACGAGAGCUCCAGGAGAUCCAGAGACGAGUGCUGCAGCAGAGGGAGGCGAUGGAGCUGCAGCAGAGGCAACAAGAAAGGGAGAGGGAGCUGGAGCUGCAGCGGAGGCAACAAGAAAGGGAGAGGCAGAAGGAGGCGAUGGAGCUGCAGCGGACGCAACAAGAUAGGGAGAGCCAAAGGGAGGCGAUGGAGCUGCAGCGGACACAACAAGAUAAGGAGAGGCAGAGGGAGGCGAUGGAGCUGCAGCAGAGGCAACAAGAUAGGGAGAGGCAGAGGGAGGCGAUGGAGCUGCAGCGGACGCAACAAGAAAAGGAGAGGCGGAGACAGGAGGAGCAGCAGAGGGAGGUGAUGGAGCUGCAGCAGAGGCAACAAGAUAGGGAGAGGCAGAGACAGGAGGAGCAGCAGAGGGAGGUGAUGGAGCUGCAGCGGAGGCAACAAGAUAGGGAGAGGCAGAGACAGGAGGAGCAGCAGAGGGAGGUGAUGGAGCUGCAGCGGAGGCAACAAGAAAAGGAGAGGCGGAGACAGGAAGAGGAGAUGGUGCAGAUGAGACGGCAGAAGGAGGCGCUGGAGGCUCUGAUUGAUGCUGAUGCACAACCGACUCCAGAGGUCACCAGUGAAGUGUUGGCUUCGGAGGAAAUCGGUCAGACUCGCCUCAAAUUACUGGCGUCCCUGCUUAGAGCCAUAGAGGAGUCUAACGGAGGAACUCUGUCACAAUUAGAAACCCAUCAGGAGGAAGACAAAUCUACUCCACCACCACCACCGUCUACCAGUGAGACAGAUCCCAUCGUUCAGAGCAGUGUUCCUGCUGGAUCUGCCCCAACUUCAGUCCUCCCCUCUGAACUCCCCCCUCCUCCUCGAGCAGCGAAGCCCCCGGUGACUCGCGUCAGGCUCGGCAUCAUGGAGAUGAACGAACAACAUGAGCUCAGUGCUAUUCAGGAGGUGGAGAGCCCAUUGAACACCAGCCAGGUCACAGGCCCUGAAGACGGCAUGAAGGCAUUAACAGAAAUUGUAGAGUUGGAUCCGCAGGAGGAAUCUGAAUCGUCUGUGGCCUCCGACGAGACCUUGCAGACCCCCUCGGUGUCGAGCAGUGAGCUGCUCACUGAUGGAAGACCAACCGCCUCAAUGACUAACUCAAGAAGAUCCAGCUGGAGAGAGAGGCUGCUGACGGGGGCAGGAACAUCUCCAGAGUCCUCGAAGUCUGAUUCAAGCCGUAGAAUCAUCUCACCGAUUUCCUCCGACUCUGGAAGAGGAGCCGAUUAUUCUGGUCUAGGAAUCGCCAGCUACAGAUCCUUCACAGAGUCUGAACACAGGCCUCCUGAUUCUGACUGCCUCUCCUCCACCACCAUCUCCACCGGCAGCUACGUCACCACCGAUCCCGAGCAAAACUUCAACGCUGAUGAAUCCGUACAUCACAUUCACCACACAGAACAAGAGGAAGGAGGAGAAGCGCAUUUUCUCGACGUCUCCUCUCCAUCUCCAUCUCCAUCCGCUCUAAGCUCUGCUGCAGGCCGUCCCAGUCUGGCUGUAGACUCCCUGUUUAAUGAAAGCAGCAUCCAGCGCAUCAUCGACAGAUACACGAGAGAGCUGAACAUCUCCCUCAGUACUGCUGGGAAAACCACAGACAGUGAAGGCUCGUCUCUCGAGGAGCCCAGCUCUUCCGUUUCCCAGCAGUCUUUGGCUCAAGCAUCUGAGAUUCGAGAAGAGGACGAAACAUCGACUUCCCAUCAGUCUCUUCCUUCAGACACAUCAGCAGCACAGAGGAGUUCCCCGGAUAAUACAGUCGACCCAGUCCUAGAUCCGUCACUGGUUGAGGAGCAGGACUCUUUCAGACCUCUGAUUGGCCAGCUUGCAGAUCAGUCAUCCUGCCUCGCCGCCGAUCCCAGGGAGUCGACCAUGGAGCAGCUGGUCGGUCAACCCUCGGCUCACUCGUCCAUGAUCGGUCAGUUACCGGGUCCGUUGGCUUCGGUGAGCACGCACCAAGGCGGAUGGGACUCCACUCUGAGUCGUAUGAUUGGUCAACUUUCAAUGGCGUCAAGCUCUCAUUGGCUGAGCGGUGGGCAGGACUUUUAUGCGGGUCAGCUGCUUUCUCAGAUGGAUGUGGAGCAGUCGACCACGUGGGUGGACGAAGGUCAGGAGGAGAGCAACAUGAGGCAGCUGGUCGGGGAGCUGGAUGAGACCGCGGGCCAACAGAGUGCAAGCUCAGGUGAAAGAACCUCAGUGGAUCUCGGCGUCUCCACUGAGGCCGGUGUGCCUUCAUAUUCAGCGUUGCGUCCUGAAACAUCUGUUCCAGCUGUGACUCCACAACCAGAGUACCAGACACAGCAGAGUCACACCGGUCCAAUGGAAGUGGGUCCAGAGCGGACUGAAGACUCCGUCUCAUUUCACCCGCUCCUGGCCGAGGUCACCCACAAUGAAACCAUCGACCCUUCAAUGAUAUUUCACCUGCCGGAACACGACACGCCAAGCUCUCCCGAAGGACACUCUCAGAGCAGGGAGCGCAGUGUUUCCACACACUCUGAAGACUUUGAAACCUGCACUAACCCUUCGGUUGAGUCUGAACCAUCACCUGAGCGCCUCAGAGCAGAGGAGCCGUCCAGGUCGACAUCCACCGCCUUACAGGAAUCCUUCUCCCAGCUCGUCACCUCCCAGUGCCUCCCACAUGAAUCUGUCCUCACUGUGUCUCCUACCACUCAGCAUCCGGAGCUAACGGCUCAGAGUCUGUCAGAUUUAACCGUGUGUGAUUCAACACCGACACUCAGCAUGCCGCCGCCAGAGGAAGGGGAGGCGGACAGAAAGAGCAUCUCUGAAAGGGACGAAGAUUCAGGCCAGUUUAACAAACUUCCUGCACGAGAACUUGAGUCGGUGCAGAGCUCAAACCUGAAGAAUGCCGCUCCUUUCUCAGAUCGGAUAAAGGAAGCUGCCAGUAAGAAGGGGAUCCUGGAAGAUUCAGAGAUAACACUGGUGAGUGUGACGGACACCACAGUGGACCAAGACACAACCGUCUCUGAGGAAGAGGAAAUGUGGGAGGACAAACAUCCACAAGGGUUCACAGAGGAAGGUCAGAGAGGCCAAGAGACCGACAUAAUUGUCCAGGUAUGGGAAUGUCAUUUGUCCAAAAGUGUUAUAAGUAACGUCUACACAUGUUGUUGA